AUGCAGCGGAGGCAAUUCACCAUCACUUUACAUGAAGGCCUGCCUGGCUAUUCAGCUUCCGCCAAGCGCCUUGCGUCCGGCGAGGAGCAAAAAGCUGGCAAGCGACGAAGACGGGAGGGGGGAGAGGCAGAAGUCGUUCUGACCACGGCCACAGACGUAACACGCAGAUCAAAUGACGCUGCCGUUGCCGAUGGUGCCAAAUGCCUCAGUCUCGCCAUUCCAACCUCGCGGAAGAUUGCUCGAACGGGCGGUACACCACUUCUUGACCUCUCGGAUGGAGGAGUUGCCGUCGUCCGUUCUAAGCAGGUCAAGGACGACGAGGUCAGUCAUCUGCCUCUGGGUAGAGGGGCUGGCGGGGUUUCUAGGUGCGGCAAUCAGACCACCUACAGACUUCAUCGGCUUGAGCGAAUUGCUGAUACGCUGUCAGCCAGUCUCUUCACUGGCCGCCACUCGGCGUUAUCGGAAAAGGUUGUGGCGAAGGUGAUCAGGUACAAAGGCAAGACGUCCGAAGACCUGAUAAAAUGCGCGUCGAUCUGGAAACGGGAAAAGUCAUUCCUGGAAAAGCUACAUCACCCAAACAUAGUCACCCUGAAGGCCUUCGACGGCCGCGUCUUUGCCAUGCUUGUUGAGCGGCUUCCCCCGUCCCUCCACCGCGGGUUUACUUCACCGUUCAAGGCUAGCGACGCGCAAAGGAUACUCCAUGGCACGUCAUCCGCCCUCGCCUACCUUGCGGACCAGCGGGUCAUCCACAAUGACAUUAAACCAGCCAAUAUCGCCUAUUCGCCUGAGCGCGGCGCUGUUCUUCUCGAUUUUGGACUAGCUACGACGAUGGAUGAGAAGGAGCUGCCCGGUGGUACCCCUUGGUAUGUCCCGCCUGACCUUAUUGUACAACGAACACGAGGGACCCCGGGCGACGUAUGGGCCUUGGG